CUGUCUGUCUGUCUUGCAAAAACACAUCCACUCAUCCACCUGUCGAACGCGUACGGCCAGCUACAUACGUACAUACAUACAGACAUCCCCCCAAAUGCAGAUUUUGUAACGCCCACUGUUCAAUGUAGCCCCCCUUCUGUGUUGAUGUCAAUGAUGAUAGCUCUCUUCGUUGUGGUCGAAAUCAAAAAUAUUGACCAAAUGUCAGAUGAAAGAUGCCGGAGGCAAACUCACCAAGUAAUGGGCCAAAUAAUGAUCAAAUGGCCGCAACAACGAUGUCUUGUGCGAGCCCACAUUCCUCAACGAAUCGCAGCGACAGCAGUAAAUUGCCCCAACCAAAGUGGACCAGAUCAAAUUCCAUUAAUGUCACCUACAUACCUCUUAACGAGCGUCAAAAUGGUGUCUUCUAUUCCAACGAUGAUGAUGUUUGCCUGCAUGAGAACUCUCACUCUUGUCAGAAUGAUGCUAGCAGCUUAAAUUCCUCGGAUAAUUGUAAUUUCUGUUGUUGUUCUUCAAAUACCAGAUCAUCGUGUUGGCAUUUGAAACGCCGUCAAAUAAUACGACAAAGCUCACAUGCAUCAGCUAAAAAUAGAAACGAAUAUCUAGCAAGGCGCACCGAAAUAGCAACAAAAGCUGCAACCACAACACCAACAUACAACAAAAAAUCCAUCUCCUUGCCAGCCACACCAAAUCUAUCACAAUUACGUCGACCUGUUGCCUUGAGUUAUAGGAAAUUGGAAGGUGUUACGGUGAAAGAGGGGGUUGACAAAACUUCCAUGCCUUUGGCCUAUGACCAUUGGAGAACGGAACCAUGCUGCUAUCAUAAUGGGGAAAAGCUGCAGCAGGAGCAGCAUCAGCAUCAACAUCAAACAUUUACUAAAUCCUCUUUAGAUACCAACAAAAAUAGAUCCAUGUUGCUUAAGCAUCCUGGACGUUAUGAGGAGCCCACACAUCUAUUGCCAAACUUUGGCACCACUCAAAGCAAUAAUGGCCACAGCAGCAGCAACAACAACAACAACAACAAUGGUGGCACCAUGUGUGCCAACAUUGUUAUGGUGGCCAAUGCUGCUGCCAAUGCUUCAAACCAAACAAAACCCUCCAACAACAAAACUUUGGGCUGUUUUGCCCAACAUCAAACGCAGCAACAUGCAACCCCAACCCCAACACCAACCGAUCGUUACGUUUACAAUGGCCAUACUCAAAUUCAAAAUUCACCACGCUCUGCUGGUGGAUUUCUACGCUGCGAGCCUUGUUGCGAGAGCAUGGGCAGCAAGAAUAGUGGCCAAAAUAAUGGUUUAAAGCACACCUCAUCCUACUCGGCCAUGUAUCAGCCAUCCGAUACGGAAACAGUCUCUGAAUUGUCGUCGUAUCGCUUUGUAACGGAUGAAGAUUUGGAAAUUGUUCACAAAAAUUAUAGAAAAUCUCCUACUCAACAAGAACAAGAACAACACGAACAACAACAACAAGAACAACAGCAGCAGCGGCGGCAUAUAAACGAAUCGCAAACGUUGACGCCGCCCUCGUUGGGUGAUUUGUGUGUUGUGAACAACUAUGACGACAAGAGUAUAGAAAACGAUUUCUCGGAAAAUCUAACGAAUAAUCACGAACUCUACACGCCGACUAGUAAUAAUAAUAAUUAUAAUAAUAACAACAACAACAACAACAACAAUUGCUAUAUAAAUAAUAAUAAAAAAAAUCAUUUUUUUAAUCAUACACCAAGAAUAAAUGCCAACGAAUUUCCUUCAUCAGCCUCGCAUUCAUCUUCUCUCAUAUACAACAACAACAACAACAACGAACUACAUCAUCAGCUGACUUAUAAUCCAAGUUUUACCACUGCCCGCCAAGAACCCCAGGGCCAUGAGGCUGCUACAAAUUGCUGCUAUUCCAUAGAUAAGUCUCAGAGUGAUAAACUGAUCUAUUAUCAGUCCUAUGCCCAGGUGACAGAGCCUGUGCAAAUACCUACAACAUCGCCAGCGCCGCACCAUAACAACGGCCAAGAAGAAUUGCUUUCCUCUUCGUUGCCGCGUAAUUAUGGCAGUGAUUUUGAAGGCACCUCGUUUGCACGCCAUUUGUAUUUGAGGCAAUCCCUGAGAUCCUACAACAAAGGGCCUCCUCCCAUACCACCCAAGCCUUCGGCAGAGGAGGAUAUAGCAGAGCCCUCAUAUGAUCCCCAGAGAUUUUAUCGCAAAUUACAGAAAUUUGAAAAACAGAAUACUGUCAUCAAUCAAGCUCUGACCAGGGAUAGUCUACGCUCCACCCAGGAAAGAUCCAUAACUCCAGAACGUUGUGAGCUAUUGAAUUGUUUUCCCUCAUACAAUAGAAAAUCCCACAACAACAAUAAGGACAAGCCAAACGAUGAUGUAGAAUCUCUACCCAAAGAGACAUCAUCUUAUCAAGAAUCUUCAAAUGGUUCCCAUAGCAGCAGCAACAACAACAGCCUUAACCAUGCCUAUCGACCUGCCUCAAGUGAUUACUCCUCUAGCCCUAAGCGUACAUUGCGCUAUGAUCAUCAUGGUCGUUUAAAAUCUUGCCAUAUAUCACAAUUGCCCAUAACCUCCACGGGUUAUCGCAGAAAUUCCUUGGAUAACGAAUCACAGCCCAGAGUUUUCACCCAUACCCCCUUGAAAUUAACACCCACCUUAACGCGUAAGUUUACCUAUACUCCAAAACAUACCAUAACCGCGGAGCUAACCGAAGUGAAUGAGGAGGAAUACGAAAUAAGUGAUAAAACACAAAAUAAAAUAAAUGCAGAAAAUCUUAAUCAAAGUGCAGACAUAAACCGCAGUAAAGUCAUCAACCUAACCAACGUUAAUAGUGAAAAUAUAAAAUCAGCCAGAGAUUAUGAAAAUAUUUUGUUUAGCCCACAAAAAAUCAAAAGUGAAGAUCCUUAUCAAGUUUACAAGCAAUGCGUUAGCCAAGACGCAAACCCAAUAAAGUGUUUGAGCACAGAUAACAACCAGGUGAAAAGUGAAUCUCAAAAUGGCCAUGCGUUAUUAAGUGAAGUGAACAAGCAAAGUUUUGAACCAAAUCAAGAAUGUUCCAUUGGCAAACCUAAUCUUCAGUUAAAUACCAAUUACAGUGUUGCCAACCCUUAUAAUUCUCCGAAUUCUCCAAAUUCCCCAACAUCACCUUCGGCCUCAUCACAAGGUCUCAUCACAUCACCCUCACGCCAUAUUGCUGCCAAGAAAUCCCAAUUUCCAGAUAACCCCCAAGGGGGAUGUGUUCAUCCUCCAAGCCCCUUGUGGCUAAGUUCGGAGACCAUUGAAUCACAGACUUCUUCAUCACAACGUGGCGGCUUGGAUGAGACUCAAUCGAAUUGUAGUGAUCAAACCACCAUAUUUCAUUUCGAACAGGACUGUUCAUCUUCCUCAUCACCUUCGUCUCUGCUAUAUGGUUCUCCCUCACAGUCCAACACUGCAGGUGGUGGUAAUUUUCUGAAAGGCCCACUUUUGGUGAGACGUCUACCGGCUAUACAAUCAUUUGGAUAUAUACCCACACAUUCAAGUUCGCUGGGUUCGAGUGCCAAUGUGCCAGAGUACAUUGAGAAGGAGAACACCAUGGAAAAACGACGUAAUACAUUGGAUCGUUUUCAGCGUUUGGGUUUUGGCCGCAAAUCAUCGCCCAAUACCAGCGUGUCCAACAACAAAAAUUCAUCACCAGCUUCGGCGGCCUCAGGCGAUUCGUGUGGCAACUCGAAACAACGCAAAUCGUCCGAGAAGACCGAACGAUUGCGUGAACUAACUGAACUGUUGAGAGUGGGUGGUGGUGGUGGAGGUGGUGGAGGUGGGGGAAAUGCUUCACCCACCCCGCCACCGGUGCCGCCGCCACGCAAACAACGUUCAAUCACACCAUCAUCGACAUCGGCCAGCUUCGAUAAGGCGGAUGCCAGCGAAACAUCAUCACCUUCCACGUCAUUAUUGCUGGCAGAGAACUUGGCCACCAAAAACAACAACAACAACAACAACAGCAACAAUGUCAACAGCCAUCGCUGCCUCAGUGACACUGGCGGCAACAAUAGCCACGAACCGAUUCUGUCAUUUAUGUCGACGCAUUCCGAUGAUAUAUUGCUAAUGGAUCAGGAUGAGCCAAGCAACACCUCAAAAUCUCUGCGCCAUCUACAAAAGCAGAUCUCCAUGGAGUCCGGCGUGGUGCUGGAGGAGAAGGGCAUACAGCAAUUGAACGCCACAGGCACAACCACAGCCAACAACGACAGUAGUCAACCCGCCAGCAAUGCCAUCGAUUCAUCGAAGAAGCACUCAAAAUUAUUGCUGUCGUCGUCUGUGUCGGCCUCCACAACGCCAAUCUCCUCUCCCACCGCCCUGAAAGCAAAUGCAGCGGCCGCCUCACUCUCCGAUUUGGAAGUGCUGCUUAUGAAACAUGGUGGUGAACGAGAAACCAAAUCACCAACACCACAGCCUACACCGCCGCCUCCACCACCACCACCACCUCCACCUCCUCCUCCCGUUGCCCCAUCGCUGGCACCCUUACAGCCAUUAAUGGCCCCAGAGAACGAUGAAAGUGCCAAGGCGGCAAAUAGUACUCAGACUGCAACGGUCGCAGGCAAAUCGAACAAAAAGUGCACGGAUCGCGGUGCGACUAGUCCCAAGGGAAUUCCAUUUCGUUCGGCUUCGUUUUCGCAAAUCGACUAUUCGGCGGGUAAAUACAAACGCUCGGCACUUAGUGCCCUUCGCGAACGUUUGCGACGCGACAAAUCGGUAGAUGGUUCCACCAGUUCCAUAUUCAAUAGUGUCGUCGAUAGUCUAACGUGGCCUCGCAAAAAAAUCGUCGAGGAGGAAAGUGAAGAGUCCGUGGCGGAGAGUGUGUCGCCAGAGGCGGAGCCAGUUAAAAAGGAGCCCGACUGGAUUUACAUACCGCUCAAACAGAAAUCCGAACUCAGUAUUAAUUUGUGCUACGGUCAAGCCAAGAGUCUCGAGGAUGUCAUGGAAUCACCCGAGCUAAUACCCGAGGAAGAGGUAUUCAUGGCCGAUACCAUACAAGAGUUGCCACCGCCCAGCGAAAGGGGAGAUGCCUGUGCAGUGGUCUCCACCAUGCAGGCGGCACAUGCCAAAAUGGAAUCUCUUACCGAUACCAUACACUCCUCGGACAAUGACUAUGUCAUCGAUGAGUCCCAGGUGCCGGUGACCGUGGAGGCCCAAGAUUUGAUGGAAGCCAAAUCGCAUAGCCAGGCAGAAGCUGUCAUGAAUGAGAAUACUAAUUCCGCUGCUACCGCACCCAGCAGCCCAGAUGCCUUUGCUCCCAAUUUGGCCACCCUAAUGGAGGAGCAAAUACCCUUAGAAUCUCCUCCUGAUAAUUUUCUGCAGACCGCUACCACUUGCCUCAUACCAGUGCCUGUCUAUGAGUGUGCCGCCCAGGAAUGGGGCUUGGAAAAUCCUCCCCAGGAAUGGGAGGAGGUGGCUCCUGAAGAAUUCAUAGUUAUACCAGAGACCAUAGAGCCCCUGGUGACCUUGGAUCAAUGCAGCAUUGAGAAGCCCGAAACCAAAACAGAUGGCGAAGCUGUACCCACCAUAUCGGUACGACGUUCCUCCGAAGAAAUGACAGAUGAGAAAUCAUUGCUGAGAAAGAAGGAUAGCGAUGCUCCCGCUAAAUCUAAAUCCGAAAGUGAGGUUAUACCCCCAGUGGAUCAAAGCGAGGUUAAGAAACGCUAUAGCCAUGACGACAUGGACAUUGUGCCCGAAAAUCGUUCCUCUUUGGAUAACAUACCCACACGUCAUAGCGCCGAUGAUCGUCGCAAAGCCGACAUGUCCACCAGACGCAAAGGAAUUUACAUAGAAAAUUGGCAAGAGCCCUCCGAUGCAACGGAUGGCACUGCCCACAAAUCUCUGGCCUUGGAUAUUUCCAUAGCCAAUUUGAAUGCCAUAAAGCCUGACUCGCCUGAGGACGACAUCAUGUACAUCAAUAGUCCCCUAACGGAGGAUAACAAAACUCCAGGGUCUUUGUACUCUUUCGAUUUGGCAACCCCUGAAUCAGAAUAUCGCCAUUCGCCCGUCUGGUCCAAGAAUCCCAUAAUGUCCAGUUUUAGUUGUCAGAGCUCCGAGGAGAAGGACGACAUACCCCUGGCUUCACCGCCUGUCUCGCUAAGCACAUCACAAAUGAAUUUGCCUAGGCAAAAUAAAAGUUUUCCAUUUUUACGCACCGAUUCGGUAUCGGAUAAUGAAAGUGAUCGCACCCCGCCACCUUCCAGAGAUCGCAAUAGUCCGGUUUCCAGUGAACAUGAUUUUAAAAGGUUUUCGAAACGUCCCUUGCGUGGACCCUAUGGACAAAUGUUGGAGGCAGAGAUGAAGAAACCCCAGAAAAAGCAUUUCGAGGAGAUCCUAGAGGAGCUGCGAGAAGAGAAUAGUUCCUUACAACCAAGGCGCCAGCGUUCUUCGACUGAUGACGCAGGUGGCCGCAGCAGUCACAAUGUGCUGCCCUACUAUUCCAAUUCGAUGCGUGUGCGUAAAACGACAAGCAACAAUAAUAACAGCAACAACAACAACAAUGGCACCAGUUUGCCAGUGCCACAGCAUACGCGUGCCGCCUCAACACCUUCACAAAUCGAGAACAUCAGUGGCAGCAGCAAUAGCAGUUUUAGCGGUGGCAGUGUCAGCACUGGAAGUGGCAUUAAAACCAAUGCCACCGACAAUGAUCUGUGCCACAUAAAACCGUUGGAAAAGAAAUAUCAAUCGACCCUGGAUACCAGCUCAAUAGGACGUGGCGUAGGAUCGGAUGAUCUUGCCGCCCUUAAAGCCAGCGCCAUGGGCUCCAAAGGUGUGAGUAAUCCCUCAACUCCAGCGGCUACAAAUAAAUCGAAAACCUCGUUGCUGCAACGCGAACAGAAAAGAUCUGCCUCGGAAAGUCCCACCAAAACCAGUCACAGCAAACGCAGUCAGUCAAUGAGUAGUACGGACAAACCUACGACCCACUUGCAACAUGUCCACCAACAAAAACGCAGCCUAGAUGUGACAAGCAGUGGGGCAGCGUCCAAGCAACACAAGAGCGGUGCCACUCAGCCACCAGGCUCAGCUCCAGCAACGGGCAACGCCACCACAAAUAUUUUGCCCACGCAGGAGUUGUUGGCUCAAUUGCUGAAGGGUUCCAGUGAGAAACUACUUUCGGAACAACGUCAACAAAUGUUUGCGGAUACCCGCACUCACAUUGUACAGGAAAUCUUUCGCAAUGAACAAUCCUAUGUGGAGUCCCUGCAGACCAUGGUCAAUCGUUAUCUGAAGGCCUUAAAAUCCCCAGAGCAUGCCGGUGUUAUUGAAGCCCGCACUGUGGAUGAGAUAUUUUUCAUGGUGCCCGAUAUUCUGGAGAUUCAUGAGAAAUUUUUAACAGAACUGAAAAAUCGUUUGGAUAACUGGGAUGCCCAGCAGAAAGUGGGCGAUGCCUUUAUGGAAACGUUUUCCAAAUUGGAAGUCCUAGAGGUCUACACAUCGUUCGUAAACAAUUGCAGUCGUGCCAAAAAUGCCAUACGCACCACCAAACAUCAACGACCCUCAUUUGCCAAAUUCUUGGAGACAACAGCGCGGGAACACAAAGGCAAACUGACUUUGGACUAUUUGCUUAUAAAGCCAGUGCAAAAGUUUCCAAGCUAUGAACUUCUCCUUCAAAGACUUAUCAAACACACCGAUAACGAUCAUCCCGAUCAGAAGCAUUUACAGGAUGUCUUAAAGGUGGUACACGACAUACUAUUGCACAUCAAUUGCAAGGAACGUGAAAUAUUGGAAAAUGGUCAGCGGGAGGCGACACUUCGUGAACUGGAAGGUGUAAUUGAGGGUAUAACAGAUCUCAUAGCACCAGAUCGGCAAUUUUUACUCUUCGAUUUGGUGACAAUGCCUUCGGGUCAGGGCCCUCGUAAGGAGAGAGGAUUCUUUUUGUUCAACGAUUUGUUGGUAUUGACAAGUAUUAAGAAACGAAGUGGAACCAUAAGGAAGCCCAAUACAACAACAUGCCCUGGUACAGUGGCCUCUACAUUGGAUACCAAUAAAUACAAAUUUCUCACGAAAAUCUCUUUGGAUUGUUUAGAAAUUGUUAAGACGAAAGAUGAAAACGUCAAACGUAUUAUGACUGAAAUUGAAAAUCUAGCCGAGGAUUGCAAUAAAUUGCAACAAAUUUCCGAAAUAACAGCCUCUCUUAAGUUUCCCCAUCAGUAUUUGGAAGAUGUUAUCAGAGAAUUGCAUCAGAAUGCCCAACGCCAAUUGUCGGAGCGACAAACCAAUGAUGCUCAAUUGAAUAUGCUCGAAUUAGCGUUUAAUUCACCAAACGGUACUCAAAAAUUAUUCAUAGUGUUUAGUAAGUCUGAGAAGAGAACCCAGUGGGAGGAGACCUUCAAUGAAGCCAAACAAAAACUAGCCGCCACUUUGGAGCGCCAUCCCAUACCCGAGUUCUUAACCUCCAUACCCAUACGCAAGACUAGAGCUGGUCUCCAAUUUACUUGCGCCGCUGCCACUUUAAGUGAGAAGCGCGAUGUAUGGGUCUGCAACAGUGAUGGUUAUGUGGGUCAGGUGUGCAUCAUGUCGCUACACCCCGAACCCAAUGUGACCAGUUGCAAUGGUGUUUGUAAUGCCCGCAUUUUGUGUGUGGCCUCUGUACCUGCUUAUAGUCCUCAUAGUUCUUCCAUUAAAUCUACUUCCUCCUCCAAUGAAGAUCAAUCCUCAUCUGCGUCAUCCACUUCAGCACAACAUUUGCAACAUUUGCAGCAACAGCAGCAGCGCUCCUCUUUACCUCCGCUCAGUUAUACGCAACAGUUAUUGGAUUACCGCAAAAGCAUUUCGCCAAAUUAUCCCACAGCUUCCUCAUUGAUUGGCACACCGGAGAAGAAGCGCGAUAAGACGUCACAGGCUAGCAGCAUAGCUGCCAGCAGUAGUCACAGUUCGGUGACAGGGGCAACAACAACAACUGGCAAUAAUAGUGAUAUUCAAUUAGAUUUAAAUUUAAGUUCCAGUGAUGAAGAGGCCGAUGCCAAUGCCUUGUUGGCAACGGGUAAUGUCAAUGUGACGGGAAUGGGCAAUAGUGGCCAUUGCGAGAGAGUGCCCAGUCCGGCUCCCUCUACACAUACAACGGGUUCAACUUCAACAGCCUCCACUGCUAUAGUGGGCAGUAGCAGUACCUUGUAUCAUGGGCAUCAGGACUCCAACCCAGAAGAAAGUGAUGGCAAUCAAUCAACCAUGUGGAUCGGCACUGAGGACGGUUGCAUCCAUGUCUACAACAGCACCGAUAAUAUCCGCACCAAAAAGAAUCGCAUCAAAAUCGAACAUCAUGCUGCGGUCUAUUCCAUUUUGUACCUGGACAAUCGUGUAUUUGUGGCCUUGGCCAAUGGCGAUAUAUGUGUUUAUUUGCGUGAUGGAUCAGCCUGGAAUACAACAUCGUCACAUUGCCUGUCUGUGGGCACUGUGACGAGUCCAGUGACAAAAUUGCUCAAUGUGCAUGGCAGACUAUGGUGUUCCAUACAGGGUAUCAUUAAAGUAUUGGAUAUUGAAACAUUAGCGGUGGUGAAUCAAAUACAAAUCUCAUCAGACUCAAAACCGAUAACAAACAUGUGUGUUUCCAGCAAUUACGUUUGGAUAUCCAUACAAAAUUCUGCACACAUUAAAUGUUUCCAUUCCAAUACACAUCAAUUAAUCACCGAAGUUAAUUUGGCCCAGGCUGUGAAUAAGAUGCUCUCAAAUUGUGACGAAAUCAUACGUCAGCACAAGGCUGCUUGCUUGCGGGUCACCUCGUUGCUUUCAUGUCGUGACCUCAUCUGGAUUGGUACCAGUGCUGGCGUCCUACUCACAAUACCAUCUCAGGGCUAUGAAAAGGGAGCACCCAAUGUAGUGCCCACCGGCAUUCCACAUGGUCAUACGGGUCAUGUACGUUUUCUGACAUUUGUCGAGACCACUGCAGCCUCAGGCAGUAAUUCGAGUAACGAGAAUAGCAAAGAUCAGGAGGCGGCUGCAGGCUCGAAAUCACCUAAACCCAAAUCAGAGAGUUCCUCAAAUGCGGCGGGAGCAACCAAUACACCCGGAAAUAUACUCAUCAUAUCUGGCGGUGAUGGCUAUGAGGAUUUCCGCAAUUCAGGAGCCAAUUCAUUGAGCGAAAUUGCCGGACGCGAAGACAGCACGAACCAUUUACUGAUAUGGCAAAUUUGAAGCCGAAGGCGUAAGAAUCGUUGGCGUGUUCUACUCAAACGUUGGAAAAACAACAACUAGCAUCAGCUGAAUGUGAUUUGGGGUAAAAAGUUUAGAACAUUUUAGCUUAGUGAUUGUCUCAAGAGAGAAAAAGUGAAAGUUAGAGAAAGAGAUGGGAUACGAUGGGGAGCCAAAGCUGAUGUUGGUUCUUAAAGCUUGGAAUGUUGAAAGAUGUUUGCUUCGGGCCAUCUUAUAUAUAUUUUUCCCCUAAACUAAAUUGUAACUAACAAACUGAAAUAUGUGCCAAAAUGGUAAUAAUCCAGAGACUUUUUAUCAUUUGAUAUUUAAUGAGUCUUAUUUUGUUUUUUUUUUCUUUUGUUUAAAAAAAAGAGAAGUUAAUUUAGCUUUUAUAUUUUCCGAAGGUAAAGUUAAGGUCAAAUUUUACGUCAUUUUUGGAUGUUUUUUGAGAGGAGAUUAUUGGCAAAGGUGCAGGUAAAGAGGGAAUUGA